AAAGAUCACAGUUUACCAAGAUGGCGGACGAUUUGGAACCGAUUGACUUUUAUUAUUGUUUUUAUUACCAAUAACUUUAGUAUUAUUUGCAAACUUCUGGAAUUUGUUAAUAAUGGAUGCAAGAAUACAGGCCAUAAUGGCAAAAUACGACAAACCAGAGGAAGAAGAAAAGAAACAAGAGCAAAUCAAACAGCCGCCAAAAACCUUGGAGGAUUGGAUUGAGAAUCGUUCCCUUGGAUUGAGAGACUGGCCUGACCCUUUGGAUGAUAACGGGGACUUAAUAUUCACACCAGAAGCUGUAGGGCUUGGGGGUUUGCAGGAAAUUAUGUCGGACUUAGAGCAACAUGCCCCACUUGAUAUUGGACUGAUUGAUGAUGUAGGUCGACAAGUUGCUGAGCUUGAGAAAAAGCUGGAGUUUUACAAGUCAGAGAUUCUGUCUGAAAGGCCAAAAGCUGACACUGAUUUGACGCCAUCAGUGAUGGCACUUAGUCCAACAAGUAUCAGAGCUCUAAGCAUGGACCAUCCUGAAGAAGUAAUCAACAAGAAAGAAAAGCCAAAACAGAAGUUUGGAUUCUCAGAUGAGAAGUCAAGCAUUAUGAAGAGUGUCCAGUACACUACAUAUCCUGGGUUCUUUGCUAAUGAGAUGACUCCUCUUCCUGGUCAACUGGAAUCCCCUCAGCUACUCAACAGGGUUACCAAGGCACAGAGCUUCAAUCCUGCCUUCAAAAAGAUUUGGAAAAAGCUGUUCCUUUCAGAAGCAUCAGUUGCUGUAUUACAGGAUGCCUUUUGGUGGUUCUUUCUUGACAAGUUCCAGAAAGGAGACAAAAAUGCCCAAGAUGGCCUGUUUAGUAGAAUCGCAGACAGCUUUGUAGCACUAUUUUUCAGUGUCCCUGGUGACUACAAAGACAACUUUUUUAAGUACUACCCAGACUGCCUUGCUCAGGCUCUAUACGCUUCAUACUGUGACGUGUUUCCGCGCUCCUACAAUCUCUUUGACGACGACUUCAAAACGGACUUGAUGAAUGGUGUCUAUGAAUGGAUUACCGGUACCAGACCUCCUCCGCGCUCAUGGCAGAAGUGGCAUUUCAAGAUGCUUGAGCCCGCAAACAUUCGUGAGUUACAGGACGACCGCACAGAAUCACUAAAAGCCAAUAUGUCGUUUGACCUCGAUGCAACGCUAGAGGCAGCAGCGGCAGUUGCUCCGAAGUCCGUACAACGUCCUGGAAAAAGGGCGACUCUCGCCGUUCCAUGGUCUGCGUCUAAACCAGGCUUUGCUUAUUUGAGAGAGUCCCACGAGAUCGGCCCUGGUCCAGAGUUCGAGCGUGUGAACUUCAACAUCUUGGGACGCAGCCCGCUUAUCUCCCAUUACCUGCGAAUCAAGAAGCUGGCCGGUCCUGAGCAGGGUCCGGUCAAGUCCGUGGGCCGGACAGAGUGCGUCAAGCUACAAGCACCGGCACCUACCUAUCAGGAGGUCAUACGAGAAUCCCAGAGAACAGCCAAGACUCUCAGUAAUAACUUCCAAAGAAUUUUAGAUUCUUCGACGCAAGAAAGUGUCAAGAUACAGAAACAAAAGCGAACUGCGCUCCGUAAACUAGAGAAGUUGAAAAAGGAUUUGGUUCUGAAAAACCAGGAUAUCAAAAUCAUCAGUGAAAGGCUGCUUGAUUUAAUGACUCAGCCUGAUUAUGCAAGCGCUGGCUACGCCACGAGUGCACUCCUUGAGCUUCCAUCCGAUGACGAGGCUUGACAAGUCGUCAAUGUAAGAUACUUAUCUAAACAAAAAACUUUUUUUGUAAAAUAAAGUUGUAUAUAUGUGUAUUUUAUUUGAUACUGAAUUAAUUGUGUACAUCAAGUCCAAGAUUUUUUGGAAUUAUCAAUUGAAAUUUGAAAAAUAAGAUUAAAAUAUUCUCGUCCAA